GAGCUCCCGCCUUACUGCCCCUCCGGCCCGCGCAUCAGCUUCCAAGGGGGCGGGGAGACAUGAGAGUCCCGGAGCAGGCGAGCUAGCAAAGAAGAGGAGUUGACACCGAGAGCCGAGCCUUUACGGCGUCAAACACUUCCCCGACUGCGGGGCCGUACGCGCCCCUCGGAGGACACUUUACGCACUCAUGGUAGUCUUGUGGAAACCGCACACGUUCGAGCGCAGCGACGACGACGAGGAAGAGGAAGAAGAGGCGGUAGCGAUGUUUCGGUGCAACCGAGGAGGAGUUCGGACUUAGCUUCCUCAAGUGACUUUGAAGCGGAUACGAGCCCGUGAAGCUGCGGAUUGAAGAAGCCGCCAACGAGCUACUUUUAGGCCGGCUACUUAUCCCCGCGUGUUCCGUCGCCGGAGGAAGGUGAGGCGAGACAUGCAGGUGAAGAAGCACCGCGAGGAGCCGCACCGGAGCGGCGGCGACACGCUGGAAGAGGACGCCCCCAGUAAAAAGACCUCCUGCUUCUUUAAUAUCAAGAUAUUCCUCAUUUCGGAAUGUGCGCUCGUAUUGGCGCAGGGCACCGUGGGAGCUUACCUGGUGAGCGUGCUGACCACCCUGGAGCGUCGCUUCAACCUGCAAAGCGCCGACGUCGGAGUGAUCGCCAGCAGCUUCGAAAUCGGCAACCUGGCGCUCAUCCUGUUUGUCAGCUAUUUCGGGGCCAAAGCGCACCGGCCCCGUUUAAUCGGGUGUGGUGGCAUCGUCAUGGCGCUGGGCGCCUUCCUUUCUGCACUCCCCGAGUUUCUUGCCAACCAGUACGAGAUAGGAGACACGUGGCGAACUGACCUGGGGCGGGACGUGUGUUCUAACAGCAGCCAGGACACUCAGUUGGCGGAGGACGGUGUGUGUGCCAACAGGGCCAACACCAACAUGAUGUACCUGCUGCUGAUCGGGGCUCAGGUGCUGCUGGGCAUCGGAGCCACGCCGGUGCAGCCCCUGGGGGUGUCCUACAUAGACGAUCACGUCAAGAAGAAAGACUCUUCCCUCUACAUAGGAAUCCUCUUUUCCACUCUUGUGUUUGGGCCUGCCUGUGGCUUUAUCCUGGGCUCAGUCUGCACUAAGUAUUACGUGGAUGCCGUCUUCAUUGAUACCAAUAAGCUGGGCAUCACUCCCGAGGACCCGAGAUGGAUCGGGGCCUGGUGGGCGGGCUUCCUCCUGUGUGGUGCCUUACUCUUUAGCUCCUCCCUCCUGAUGUUCGGCUUCCCUCAGUCCCUGCCCACCAAGGAGAGGGAGGAGGGGCUGGACAGUGAGCAGACCAUGCUUCCUCCUGCUGCUCCUUUGAGUCCAGACUAUGAGGCUCCGAAGACCAGCAACGGUGCCGUGAGCAACCACGAGUUGGCCAACAGCCCCACCUGCUGUCAGCAACUCAGGGUGAUCCCCAAAGUAACCAAACACCUGCUAUCGAAUCCCGUCUUCACCUGCAUCAUCCUAGCAGCCUGCAUGGAGAUCGCCGUGGUGGCAGGUUUCGCCGCCUUCUUGGGCAAAUACCUCGAGCAGCAGUUCAACCACACCACCACCUCAGCAAACCAGCUGUUAGGCAUGACUGCUAUUCCGUGCGCGUGUCUGGGAAUCUUCAUGGGUGGCCUGCUGGUGAAGAAGCUCAACUUGUCGGCACUUGGAGCAAUCCGCAUGGCCAUGCUGGUCAACCUGAUCUCCACCGCGUGCUACAUCUCCUUCCUGUUCCUGGGCUGCAACACGGGCUCCGUUGCCGGGGUCACGGUUAUGUACGGCAACAGUACUCUGCAGGUGGGCGACAAACCAGAAGCUCCGUGCUUCAAUCACUGCAACUGCUUCACCUCCUCCAUCAGUCCCGUGUGCGGCUCCAACGGCGUCACCUACCUGUCGGCCUGCUUCGCCGGAUGUACCCACAACCUCGCUAAGAACCUGAGUGGAUGUUCGUGUAUAUCUGCUGACAGCGAGUUAGCCACAGCUGUUCCAGGAAAAUGUCCGACGGCCGGCUGCCAGGAGGCCUUUCUCAUCUUCCUGUGCGUCAUCUGCGUGUGCAGCCUGGUGGGAGCCAUGGCCCAGACACCUUCUGUCAUCGUCCUCAUCAGGACUGUGACCCCUGAACUGAAGUCAUACGCUCUUGGAGUGUUGUUUCUUUUGCUGCGACUUUUGGGGUUCAUACCGCCUCCGCUCAUCUUCGGCGCGGGGAUCGACUCCACCUGCCUUUUCUGGAGUUCGGACUGCGGCGACAGAGGCGCCUGCUUGUUGUACGACAACCUGGCCUACAGGCGUCUGUACGUCAGCCUGGCCAUCAUCCUGAAAGCCGUGGCCUUCCUCCUGUACGCCACCACGUGGUACUGCCUGCGCCGCAACUACAACACCUACAUCAAAAGUCACGAGGCUCAAAUGUCGCCCAGCGAGUUCUACCCGUCGCUCUCGGAUGGGCCCAAACUAUCGGACAGGACAAAAUUCAUCUACAACCUAGAAGAUAACGAGCGUUGUGAAAACAUGGAGUCUGUUUUGUAGGCCGUGAAGCCACAAGGACGGCGUGGACUUUUCAUGCUGUAAUGUCCUCAAUACAAGGGUCCAUUUUUAGCUGCGUGGUAGACUCGAGGAGCUUCUUUGUGUUGUUGCUAGGUAGACAAAGACAAGACACGUAAGCUUAGCUGAUCGACUGCAGUGGCGUUACAACUACUGGCUGACAUAUUCUUUUAGCUCUUGUCAUGGCCGCAGGAAUGUGUGGGAGAACAUGACCAUCGCACUUACCGAGGAGUACCAGGACCACGCGUAACGGAAAAUGAUUAGGAAAAAAACUUUGGAAUAUAAUGAGAAUUUUUCAAAUUUUACCCCCAAAAUAAUUUUUAUGAGAAUAAAGUUACUAUUUUACAGUUCAAACAGAGGUCGGCAAUAGGGGUCCACAAAGGUACUGCAGGGGGCCCAUGACAUUUGUAUUUGUUUUAUAUUCCACCUGCAAUUUACCCACAAAUGUAAUGUCUUUAAAUACACCUUAACAUUGUUGUUUAGAUGGCAGUGACAUGGCCACACUACUCACUGUCCCUAGCAGGUUUGAAACCAAACAUGAAAAUUAUACUGCAUUAUUAUAACAAUCCUCAGAAUUAGGCUAGCUAAAUAUUAGCCUCGCUAUACUGUAUUCUCUGAAUAUCGAAUGGGGCAUUCCGUUUGUUCUUGGGAAUCAGAAUUUCAGAGUUCAUAGUCGGAAGUUUCAACUGGAAUGCCCUUCAAGGUCAGAUUUCCUUCUCGGAAAGCCGGAGCAUUUUGAUUGUAAACAAUACAAGCUUCUAUAAUAUCCGUUAUAAGCACUUCUGGUCAGUUUUGUCGCACUAAAUCAGCCAUAUACUAUGUAUUGUUGGCUGUUUAUAUAUACCCUAUUCUUGAGACUCCAAGCCACUACUUUUCCCUAUGCUUUGAACCCUGCGGCUUAUAAAAAGGUGCAGCUAAUUUAUGUAAUUUUUUUUUUGUUGCUAAUGGUCACGUUUUGUAUUCAACAAAUAGUUUUCAUAAAACACAGGCGGACACUGAAAAUGUGUGUUAUUGUUUGUACUAUGGCGCCAUCUUUUCGACAAGUUCGCUCAAUGCCGGUGCUGCAGUUUGAAAAUGUACUUCCUGUUUCGUGCCUUGAACUGGAAGUAUGACCGUCUAUAGCAUUUCUGUCCGAAAUGAUACUUUAUUCAUCACUCCAAACAACUUACUAAAACAUGUCUGUAGGAGUGUUUUCAUGCAUAUUUGUACGCGCUUUCGUAACAUAAUUGUAAUUGGCAUUAGCAAAUAUGCUAACACGUUUACAAGUGUCUGUGUCAGCAUUAUUAACUUACAAUGACAUUUGUUUUGUAUUGUUUUAUUUUCUAAAAUUCACAAACACGUCACUGUAGAGUUAUUGAGUCUGUUUGGCUGAUUGGAGAGCUAGCUUCCGCAGCAAGUGAGUCCAUGACAAUGACUUCAGUUUUGUUCGAUCAGCCAUUUUACUGCUGUGUGACAGGCACCGUUUGCAAACAAUUAAGGUAUGUAAAUAAACAUUUACAAAAAUCUGUAAAACUGGUAUAUAUUUAUGGCUUAUAGGCUGGUGCGGCUAAUAUAUGUACAAAUAUUUAUUUAUUCUCAAUUUUGGUGGGUGCAGCUUAUACUCAAUAGCCCGUAAAAUAUGGUAGUAACAAUUCCAUUUUGUUUUCAUGUGGUAUUUACGUUCUGCAUUGCCAGCAAUAGCAUUUCAUCUUUAUCUGUGUUUGAAGCUUGCAGAAACAGUGCAUAUUUCCCAAAAGUUGUUAAUAUUCAGACAAAGCAAGCGAAAGAAUUGUUUUAGUGGGUGUGGCCAUCUAGAUUUUCGAACCUCAUAACUGGAAUGCUCACAACUCGGCUCUGACUUCCAACUUUCGAGGUUAAUGGAUCGCAGGAAUAGUAUUGCAUACCUUAAAGACGUUUUUUUUUUAAAUCUCUAAAUUUUAUACAUUAAUAGGGUCCUCGUUCUAUCUCUCCAUCAGUUUGGGAAUCAUUUGCCGGGAAAACAUUGAAGACCCUCUGAUUUGGAAUGUUAGAAACAUUCUUCGAAAAAUGCAACUCAUGUCUUGUCACUUUAUUCCUGAAACAUUUCUGCAAAGAUACAAUAUAAAAUAUGAAUAAUGUAUAUUUUAUUCUCUCAACCUUUCUCUGGUAAUAUAGCAAUUGUAUUCUCUCUUUUUUUUUUCUUAUUUAUAACAUUUUUCUUGUAUUUUUAUUUCUUUCCGUAUGUGUGGCCCUGGUCCUCCUUGGUUCUGCUAUCCGUACUGUAUGUAUCAGCCAGGUUUUUACUGUAUUGACGGGGUGGUUGUACGUUAGCACAUACGUUGCCAAGUGUUUACAGUCAUUUCAUCGGUAAGUGGAAUCACCCUGACUUUAUUUACUUCUCUAGUUGCCAUUUAGAUCGGGAUGAAAGCAAACUGACGGUGUUUGGUGUCGCUUGUGUCGUCCGCGCUGCUUGGACAUGUGUUACAUCACACUCCUUUUGUCUUUGCGUCACAGCACAUCAGCCUAAUUUGUCUUAAGAAGGGAUUCUACAAAUAAGAUGUGUAUUUUCUUUGGACUCCUAAUUAGGAGAUUAGGAGUAAUAUAUUUGUAUUGGAGGCCCUGAACGCCCCAUUAUAUUGAUGUCAAUGCCUAUAUUCUAUACUUACUCUAUGAUGUCACAUGAGAAGAUUUGCAGUGAACGUAAUAGAAACACAAAGUGUGUCUUCAGACUAGUUCUGUGGUAGCUGCAGACACUACACACGCGUUUCUUCCUGGCGUGUGUGUGUGGACAAUUUCCAUUUUAAGGCGACUUGUUACGAUGCUACUGAUCUCUCUGCAGUUCUAGUUUUGACCUUGUCCUCUUUUCUUACUCUUUUUGUAUGGAUGGCAUUUAUUUUACUCUGGAAAUAAAUACUUUUUCAAUAACA